ACUCUCAAAUAAUAGUUCGCCCAAAUCUACAACAAACUGGAUGUGGAAAAAAAUCAAUGACAACAGCUUGCAACAAAUCUGAAUAAACAGGAUAGAUAAAAUCUUUUAUUUAUGUCGUUCUACAUGAGAGGGCAAUGAUUUUUAAACCCUUUUAUAUACACAAACUUUUAAAUACAUAUACACAAUUAUAUAUAAACUUUAGUAGAAUUGAUAGUUUAAAUUGAGCAUUGCGUGGCAUUUGUGUGUGUACACAUAUAGAUAUGUUUACCAUGUGUGUUAGUUUGUAAAAUGCUAGCUUGUGAUGGAAAAGGAUCGUAUAAUUCGGACUGAAACUGGACCACCAACACAACCUAAGCUUUUAGCAUAUAUACCAGCAGUAGCCAGACUAUGGACAUUGGCCACUCUAGCACUCAUGUGGUCCACAAGCAUAACAACUCUUCAGUUUGCUUCAGGAACGCCAUUAUACUGGGGUUGGUACAUACUAGGAGCCAGUAUUUUAGUAACACUAUUAGAACUAACUUGGAUGAUACAUAAAUGCUCAUGCUGCAGCAAAGAGGGAUGUUGCUGUAGAUGUUGGUCUGUGAUCAUGUGGAUAGAUAACUGGAAGAAGGGCAUUUUAUACUUAUUACUUACUAUACCUAUAUUUCUGAUUGGUACAAAAGUUAUUCUUGGUUUUAUUUCAGGACUAGCAUUAAUUAUAGCAGGACUUUUAUACAUUUUAAAGACGUUCAAAGAAGGGAUUAUUUACACAAUCAGAGAAACACGUUACAUAAAAACCUACACACCUCCAGUAAAUGUAAUAUCAUGUCAUACACAGACUGAAGAGGAGAAAAUAACGUAUGAAGACUUCGAACCAAAUGCUGGAUACAAAUAUUACCGACAGGGGAAAUGAAUUAGUACAAAUUUUCCAUGAAAACAUUACUUUUAGGCUUGGAUUUUACAAUCAAGGGAAGUAAUUCAUGAAAGUGAUCCAUGAGUUUUUAACAUUGACUCUGAUAUUGAAUAUAUGACAGAAAUGGGAGAUCAUCUAUGAUCUUAAUUUGAUAUAGACUUAUCAAAUUUACUUUAUUGCCAUGUUAAAAUAUACAUCUUUAUGAGACACAAAGUUUGAAGAAGAUGAAUUCUUGAUACAGUUUUUAUUUCGGCAGUUAUCAAAAGUACAUGUAGUGGCAAAGCAGAUAUUGUAUUGAUGAUUAUGAAAGUGCCUCCAAAAUAUUCUGCACUCGUUUUGCGUUAUUUUCAUAAUUUGUACAGUAUCUCUAAAAUUGAAGUAUUGUAUUUUAUCAUUUGCGGACAUCUAUCUUUGAUUUUACUGUGACAAAUAAUUUUUUACUAGCCAUGAUAACAAAUUAAUGAUUAUGAAAUGGUUUGUGUAUUUUAUGUUUAAAUGAAUACAGCUUUUAUAAUGUAUAGAGAAACUAACUUAAUUCGGCCCAGUCAGGAUGAAUUAACUAGAAAGAAGCACCAUUAAACACAAAUAGAAAAUCAUAGCUGUACCAUCUAAAAAAUCUAAAAUAUUAUGAAUAUUUUGGUUUCAAAUGGAAACAUUAAAAUUUGGGUUCGCUGGAUAACAUUUGUUGAAAGUAUUUCAUAAACAUUUUUUAAAAAUAAAUCUUAUCGGGUUGGCUAAAUGGACGAUGUUAACUUUAAUUGGUUCAUUCAUAUUAACAUUUCCUGAAAAGGAGAAAAUAUAUAACUCUGUCAUGGUAUGUGCAAUUUAUUUCAUUCAAAGUAUAAUUUCAGUGAUUUUUUUUACGAUUUUCCAUAGGUAUAGUCUACCCUUCACUUACGUUUAAAAACAUAUCUGUUUUGUCGGAUUCUUUUAUUUCUUAGUCAUUUUAUAGCCUUUGCUGGUAAUGUUUAUUAAAUUACUUUAAUAUACCAGAUUAUCAGAAUAUAUUUCAAUACUGCAAUAUUUUAGCCACAGUUAAUGUAUAUUUUUUAAUCGGUUUCCAUGAACUACGGUAUAAUAAUACGCAUUCACUGCAUGGUAAUUAGGGUUGUACAAAUAUUCUUGUUACUCAACUUAUUAUUAAUAUUAAAUUUCUGUUAUCGAUA